GUCAAAACGGAAUCACAAACAUAACCUCAAACUUAUCCGUCAAAACAAAAGCACACGGAUUUGAGUCUAUCUGGAACGAGAAUCAUAAAUUGAAUUAAUUUUUCGUGUUCUAAAAUGGAUGGAAUCUGUCGAGUGAAGUCUGAGUUCAUUGUUCCCAAAACUGCAAAAAAUACUGAUACACCGGAGACGGGCACAUGUUCUGAAGACAGCAAAAAUACCGCUACGGCUGAUACCAUCGAAAAUGGUAGCGAUGCACAGCAACCACCGCAGAAAAAGAAGCGGCUCAGCAAUAGAGAGUACAAAAGAUUGAUGAAGGGACAGAAUAAGGCCCGACCACUUCCAUUCCGUGUGAACAAAGAAGCCAAUCUCUGUAGUGCACUGUACAAUGGCCCCGAUGCGGCAAAGGUGUGUGGAUUCGUAAACUGUAAAUAUAUUCAUGAUUUGGAUCAGUACUUUGCCGAGAAACCGGAAGAUAUUGGACCGGUGUGCCAAGUGUACUCGACAAAAGGAUUCUGCCCAAGAGGAUUGACGUGUCGAUUUGCUAAAAAUCAUCUUGACGAAAAUCGUAAUAAUGUCAAACAAGAUUGGUAUGACGAAGCCAAGGCGAAUGAUUCCGUUAAUUUCAUGACAACAGAUAUUUUGACACCGUUGCGUAAAAGAACGUAUAAUUUUGAUCGCGCCAAGGAGAUCGCAAAGAAAUAUUUCCACAAAUCGAGUGAAACAUCUGAAAAAGAGCCACAGUCCAGUUGCUGUCCAACAGAGGAAAAAGAAUGCACUGAUACGAGUGAAGCAAGAUCUGAGAAGAAAUUGGGCUAUGCACCGGACUAUGAUGUGGUCAAAGAGCGUCCUGCCGAAAAGCGAAAAGUAGAUUUCAGUAAUAAAUUGGUGUUGAGCCCCUUGACCACCGUUGGAAAUUUGCCAUUUCGACGAAUAUGCAAGGAGUUUGGGGCGGACAUAACGUGCGGUGAAAUGGCAUGCGUGGUGCCACUUUUAAAUGGGCUUGCACCAGAAUGGGCUCUAACUCGUCGCCAUAAAUCUGAAGAUGUAUUCGGCGUUCAACUCUGUGGCAACAAUGCAGAGCUAAUCACAUGUGCUGCGCAGCUAUUAAGUGAAAAAUUCGACGUUGACUUUAUUGAUCUGAAUAUUGGUUGUCCAAUCGAUUUGAUUUACAGUCAGGGAGCAGGCAGUGCAUUGAUCAGACGUCAGAAUAUACUCGAAUCAAUCGUGCGUAGUUCGUCGGAGGUGUUGAAGGGCAUACCGUUCACAGUGAAAACUCGCACUGGAAUUUACACCAACAAAAGUGUGGCCCAUGAAUUGGUGCCAAAGUUUGAGGAAUGGGGAGCCAAAGCGGUUACAAUCCAUGGCCGUUCACGUGAGAUGCGCUAUUCAAAGAAUUCCGAUUGGCAGUACAUUGAACAAUGUGCUCAGGCAGCCAAAUCUAUUCCAGUUAUCGGGAAUGGAGAUGUGCUUAGCUACGAUGACUAUGUUGAAUGCAAGAAAGUCGCACCAACUGUUUCCAGCGUGAUGAUUGGUCGUGGAGCUUUGUACAAGCCAUGGAUAUUCCAAGAGAUAAAGGAACAAAGACACAUUGACCUUUCCAGCAGCGAACGAUUCGAGAUAAUGAGAAAAUACGUCAACUAUGGGCUGGAUCAUUGGGGUUCAGAUACUAAGGGUGUCGAGAACACAAGAAGAUUUUUGCUCGAGUGGCAAUCAUUUUUGCAUCGAUAUGUUCCGUAUGGACUCCUCGAAAGUCCACCGCAGAAAAUCAAUCAACGACCCAUCGCAUAUCGUGGCAGAGAUGAAAUGGAAACGCUAAUGGCAUCGUCCAACUGUGCUGACUGGAUCAAAAUAAGCGAAAUGUUGUUGGGCAAAGUGCCGGAUGGUUUUAACUUCAUACCGAAACACAAAGCAAACUCAGUCACUGAAUCUAAUGGCUAAAAUAUUCAUGUUUGUUUGAUCUUAUCUAUUGGACCACCUAAAAUCUACAUAUGUACAUUGUACAAUUUGUAAAAUCAUUUCGUAUGAACUAAUAGCUAUUGUACAAAAAAAGUCGUUUAUUCUAAAAAAUUUUUUAUUAAAAAUUCAUUUCACUCUCCAGUA